CGGCGCUUAUGCGUGACGUAUAUAUUCUGCGACGGCAUUAAAUGUAUUAGUUGAAGAUGAAUUUAGCGGUGACUCGCAUAACACUUUAGUUUUUACAUGCUACGUUUUUAAAUCAUCGUUCUUCCCCUUUAAUUUGGAAUGGGUGACUCUCAGAGGGAUGUUGAAGGCUGUGCGGAGCCCAGAAGUAAGACCAAUGAGACGGACAAGAAGAAAAGAUCUAGGGUGAAGCAACUUCUGGGUGAAGUCAAGAAACAAGUGGAGUUCUGGUUCGGGGAUGCAAACUUAAGCAAGGACCGCUUCCUGAAAAAGCUCAUAGAGGAGUCAGAAGAUGGAUAUGUUGACAUAUGUGUGCUGGCGAGCUUCAAUCGCAUGAAGAAGCUGACAAGUGACACCAAGCUCAUCGCCAGGGCACUGAAAAACUCAUCCGUGGUCCAGGUGAAUUUAGAGGGUGAUAAAGUAAGACGGCAGCAACCGAUUGGAGAUUUACCGAAUGACGUGGACAGCCGCACAGUCUAUGUGGAACUUCUGCCCAAAGAUGUGACUCACAGCUGGAUGGAGAAGGUCUUUUCUAAAUGCGGAAACGUUCUUUACGUGAGCAUCCCAAGGUACAAAAGCAGUGGACACUCCAAGGGUUUUGCCUUUGUGGAGUUUGAGAUGCCUGAACAAGCAAAUAAAGCCAUUGAGAUGCUGAACAACCCUCCUGAAGAUGCGCCUAGGAAGGCUGGAAUUUUCCCGAAGACGCUACACGGGAGGCCACUUCAGCUGCCCACAGACAAUCCGCCUUCAGUAUCUGCAGGCGGAGGUGAGGAGGAGAAGAAAAAGCGCAAGAAGAAGAAAAAGAAGGCGGAGACGCCGGCGGAAGACGCCAAAGUUCUGCCGAUGGAAGCCGAUUUGACGGAUCAGCAGCAGCUGAAGAAGAAGAAGAAGAAGCAGCACUCUGACGCCGGUGAAAUAUCUGAGAAAAAAAGACGACGUUCACACUCAGCGGACGAAUCAGAAACAGAAGUGCCCUCCAAGAUGAGGAAGAAAGAUGACGAGGCCUCAGACAGCAAUGCUCCUAUGGAAGGUGAGAGGAGUGUGGAGGACGGCAAAGAAAAUCAAGAAGACUCUCUGGUCAAAGUGAAGCGCAAGAGGAAAAAGAAACAUAAGGAGAAGCUGAAAAUUGAAGAGGAGGUCAUUCCACUGAGAGUCUUAUCCAAGAAAGUGUGGCUUGACCUCAAAGCGGAGUACCUGAGGCUCCAAAAGUGCAGCAUGUCAUCCUUGAAGAAGUGCAUGACCCAGAUGGACGGCGAAGAGCGCGGCACAGGGACGGAGGGCGACGGCGAGACCCGGAUUGAGACGAUGGAGGCUGCAAGUCAGGGUCCCCAGUUCACCAGCGGCGUCAUCAUGAAGAUUACGGACAACAAGGCGCUUCCAGGCAGGAAGCUGAUCAAGGAUACGCUUUCCAAAAUCUCCACUGUUGCGUAUGUGGAUGUCCUGGAGGGAGACGCUGAGGGCUUUGUGCGCUUCCGCACCUCGGAAGAUGCUCAGGCCGUCAGCGAUGCCGGGGCUGACCUGCAGAGAGAACAUAGCUGGCAUCUGGAGAUCCUCUCAGGUGACCACGAACAAAGGUACUGGCAGAAGAUCCUUGUGGAUCGCCAGGGCAGACUGAACCGUCCCAGGGAUAAGAAGAGGGGCAUAGAGAAGCUCAUAUCCAAAGCGGAGAAGAUCAUCAUGGCUCGGGCCAAGGAGGCCCAUAAGCACAUUCGCUUCCAAGAUGACUGAUUGCUCUACUUUUGCACGCCAGCAAAUUUUGACCAUUGCAAUGGUCUGUAUCAAACAUGAUAGAUUUCUGUGAUUAUGUUUCCCCCAGUGGAGAUGUGACAAAAUGUUUUUUUAAAUGUAAUUUUACAACAAGGCUAUUUAAUUCAUCAUUAAAGAUGUGCAGAACAAGAGCAUUUUGAUGAAUAAUG